UUUUAUCUCUGUGGAGAUAUAAAGAGAUCUAGGGUGAGAUUUUUCUCUGUUUCACUUUGAGUGUGGGAUAAGCUUGGAGAAGGAAAAACAAGUUGCAGCAAAGAUCGAGAAAGAAAAUGAAGGCUCUCUUCCUUCUCAUCUGCGUCACAUUGUCGGCGUUCCCUUCUGCCGUGGAAUCAGCUGAUCCCGAUGAUCCUGUAGCUCAACUUAAAGCAGCUAUUGAUGGCCUUACUGCAAACCUCGCUAAAGGUGCAGAAUCGACAAAGAAAAUCGUCAGCGCUUUGGCCCGUCAGACGAUGCUACAACAACUAUUUGUAGAGGAAAGAAUAAGAUCUGAGGGAUACUCUGGUGUCAAGCAAAUCAGGCUCUCUCGAGAAGGAACUCGUAACUACUAUGGCCAGUCUCAUACCAGUUCAGGCAGCGUCCUUGCCAUCCAUGACCAUUCUAACAAUGACCGUACUGUUGGGAUGGGAGAGUUCAUUGGAGUCCUCAACGGGGUGGAGUUCCGUACAAGACACAAUGACUAUCGCUUGUACAUGCCUCACAGAACCAGCAAGAAGUUACACGCAACUGAGAACAUUCCUUUCCCAGACGUUCCACCAGAGGUUACAAGCAAGAGCAAUGUCAAUGAACAGAUUGAAGAAAUGCGAGAAUGGUUCAGGGCAUGGAAAAAUCAAAACCACACCGUAAGAGACUAUCGCAAGUACUUCAAGCCUGUGUUGUGUUAUCUCGAGGGAGCUUGGACCAAAGCAGAAAGUAAGAUCAAUGAACCGUUCGAAAGUGACAGGCAUUUUAUAGACGCAUCCAGCUGGUUUGACCUGCAAGAGAAAGUUCGAUUCACGUCUUAUACCGGAAGAAAAGAUAGUUUAGAGAACUUCUCGUUUCUCCCCACAACAAUUAUGAAUGUGACCGAAGAUGGUGUUCCUCAAUUUGCCCAGUGGAACUAUCGCAUCCUUUGCCAUCCAAUCAGCAGAGAUCUACCCCUGAACCGAUUACGAGUGGUCGAUGAAGUUGGAUCUCGAUUGUCUGCAAAAAGAACCUAUGRUGAGCACUCAAAGUCAAGGAGCGCACGUUUUCAGGUCAAUCCCUUUGAUGAGGACACUUGGAGCGAAAGAGAAAAUAGAAAGCAUUUCGGUUUGCUCGAUGAACUGAUGGGUGAGAUUCCAGGAAAAGACAAUUACCUAGGAGCUCUCUCUGACGAGGCUUUUGAUCUGGCAGCAUUAUCUCUUGCACCUGGAAAACAAGGCGUCAAGUUGAAAGCUGAUCGAUAUCAUCGCUGGUUCAAAGCUGCAAGAAGAGACGCUAUGGGAGCAUCCACAAGACAUCGAGGUUACUCCGACGAAAACCUCUUUAUGGCCAUGACUACACAGCCAAGAAUCCCUGGGAUGGACCUCACCAGAUGCAGGUGGAGAAAAUGCACAACGCUGCACCAAAAAUGGUCCUACGCUAUUCCACUUGAAAUCAUCUAUCUAACACCCCUGAGCAAGUGGAAUCCCUAUGAUAUCGAGUACAAAGGAGACGCAAGAUCAGAAAAAGGAAAAACUGUUGUAGCUGGAGGUAGAAAUGGUG